AUGACUUCGAUUGUAAAAUUACACUGUCUUUCGGGUGCUGGUGAUGAAUCUCCACCAUGUUACGUGCUUCAAAUUGACGAAUUUAAGUUUCUCCUGGACUGUGGUUGGGAUGAAAAGUUUGAUAUGGAAUUUAUUAAAGAAUUAAAAAGGCAUGUUAAUAGCAUAGACGCAGUACUGCUUUCUCACUCAGAUCCUCUCCACCUUGGCGCAUUGCCUUACGCUGUCGGCCAACUGGGCUUGAACUGUCCGAUAUAUGCCACCCUGCCCGUGUACAAGAUGGGACAAAUGUUUAUGUAUGACUUGUACCAAGCACAUCGGAAUGUGUCAGAUUUUGAUCUUUUCACGCUUGACGACGUCGAUGCAGCUUUCGAUAGAAUUACGCAGCUAAAAUACAACCAAAGUGUUGAUAUGAAAGGGAAAGGCCAUGGAUUAAGAAUAACACCAAUACCAGCGGGCCACUGCCUUGGUGGCUCUGUGUGGCGAAUUGUAGCUCCCGGAGAGGAGGACAUAGUGUAUGCGCCCGACUUUAACCAUAAGAAGGAGCGGCAUUUGAAUGGUUGUGAAAUUGAAAAGAUAAUGCGACCAUCGCUGCUGUUGCUUGGUGCGGCUAAUGCUGACUACGUACAACAGAGACGGAGGCUGAGAGAUGAAAAACUGAUGACAACUAUCUUGGGCACUCUUAGAGGCGGUGGAUGCGUGCUAGUGUGCACUGAUACCGCGGGACGGGUCCUAGAACUAGCUCACAUGCUGGACCAACUCUGGCGCAACAAGGACUCAGGCCUAGUCGCUUACUCUCUGCUUCUACUCUCCAACGUCAGCUACAACGUCCUGGAGUUUGCCAAGUCUCAGAUCGAGUGGAUGAGCGACAAGCUGACGCGCGCCUUUGAGGGCGCUCGCAGCAACCCGUUCGCGCUGCGCCACCUGCAGCUGUGCCACUCGGUGGCCGAGGUGGCGCGAACUCCUGGACCGAAGGUGGUGCUCGCCUCCUUCCCCGACCUGGAGGCGGGCUUCGCCCGCGACCUGUUCCUGCAGUGGGCCCCGCAGCCCCUCAACUCGAUCGUGCUCACCGCCAAGACUUCGCCCGGGACUCUGGCGCGGGACCUCAUCGAGAAAGGCGGAGAUCGCAUCAUCGAGCUGACGGUGAAGCGCAGAGUGAGGUUGGAGGGCGCCGAGCUUGAGGACUUCCUGCAGCAGCAGAGGACGAAGCUGAACAACACCGUGAAGGAGGAGGCGGGCGGCGUGACGUCAGACUCUGAGUCCGAGGGCGAGCUGGAGAUGUGGGUGGUGACGGGGCGGCACGACAUCCCGGUGCGCCGCGACGCUCGGCCGUCCGGCUGCUUCAAGAGCAACAAGCGCCACCACGCCAUGUACCCCUGCCACGAGGAGCGCGCGCGCGCGGACGACUACGGCGAGAUCAUACGGCCAGAAGACUACAGGCUGGCGGAGGUGGUGGACGCAGAGGGGGAGAUCCGCGACGUGCCCCCCGCGCCCCCUCCCAAACAGGAGCCCGACGAGGAGAUGCUGGAGAUCCCUAGCAAGUGCGUGUCGAGCGUGCGCGAGGUGGCGGUGCGCGCGAGCGUGCAGUACAUCGAGCUGGAGGGGCGCUGCGACGGCGAGUCGCUGCUACGGCUCGUAGCGCACGCCAAGCCGAGGGCGCUCGUAGCGCUCAGGGCCCGCGAGCACGCCGCACACACACUCAGAAAACACUGCGAGAGCGAGGGAAUCGAGAAAGUGUUCACGCCGAACAAAGGUGACAUAAUUGACGCGACGACGGAAUCCCAUAUAUACCAGGUGAAGCUGACGGACGCGCUGAUGAGCGGGCUGGUGUGGCGCGUGGCAGGGGACGCGGAGCUGGCGUGGCUGUCGGCAGCAGUCGCCGCCAGGGGGCGCCCCAGAGAUGCGGACGCCGUCGGCGGAGAGGCAGUGACGUCACCGGCCGCGAUGAGCGACGUCGCCGAAGCCGUGGCGUGCCUGCCCCAUUGGUGCUCCGCAGCGGGUGACGUCACGCCGUGUAUCGGAGGCCGUGACGUCACGCCGUGUAUCGGAGGCCGUGACGUCACGGGCCGAGAUAAGCGACGCCUCCUUCCGCAGAGGAGAGCGCGGACGACGAGCUGCUGUCUCUCGAGCCGGCGGGUGGGGGGGCGGCGGGGGCGGGGGGCGGGGGGCUGGUCGGGCCACGCCGCCUCGUUCGUCAACUCGGUGCGGCUCUCCGAGCUGCGGGCGGCCCUCGCGCGGCACGGCCUCCCCGCCGAGUUCAGCGGCGGCGCCCUGGAGUGCUGCAACGGCACCGUCGCCAUACGCCGGUUGGAGAACGGCCGCGUCGCUUUAGAGGGCGUACUAUCAGAGGAGUACUACAAAGUGAGGGAGCUUUUAUACGACCAGUUCGCUAUAGUA